AUGGGUGCUGAGGAGAAGGUGCUGGUCACACUGUCAGGGGGAGCCCCCUGGGGAUUCCGACUUCAGGGGGGGUCCGAGCAGAGGAAACCCUUACAGGUGUCCAAGAUCCGCAGACGCAGCCAGGCUGGCAGAGCAGGACUCCGAGAGCGGGACCAGCUUUUGGCCAUCAAUGGGGUCUCCUGCACCAGCCUCUCUCAUGCCAGUGCCAUGAGUCUCAUUGAUGCCUCUGGGAAUCAGCUUGUCCUCACUGUUCGGAGGUUAGAGGAUGAAGGGCCUGUGCGAUCUCCAUCCCCUCGUGAACUUCAGGUGCUGUCACCCUUAUCUCCCCUGAGUCCUGAGCCUCCUGGUGCUCCAGUUCCCCAGCCUCUUCAGCCUGGGAGCCUUCUCUCACCCCCUGACAGUGAAGCUUACUAUGGAGAGACAGACAGUGAUGCUGAUGGUUCUGCCACCCAGGAAAAGCCCCGCCGACCCCGCCGCCGGGGCCCCACCAGGCCCAUACCUCCAGGAGCCCCAUCUGAUGAGAUCUACCUAUCUGACAGCCCUGCAGAGCCAGUAACUACUGUCCUUGGCCCUCCCAGCCAGGGUGACAGCCGCGUGAGCUCCCCAUCUUGGGAGGAGGGGGCAGCCCUUCAGCCACCCCCAGCUGAGGCUCUGCUGUUGCCCCAUGGGCCCCUCCGGCCUGGCCCUCAUCUCAUCCCUAUGGUGGGGCCUGUUCCUCACCCAAUAGCAGAAGAUCUUACUACCACUUAUACCCAGAAGGCCAAGCAAGCCAAACUGCAACGAGCAGAGAGUCUUCAAGAGAAGAGUGUGAAGGAAGCCAAGACCAAAUGCAGGACAAUUGCAUCCCUGCUAACUGCAGCUCCCAACCCCCACUCCAAAGGGGUGCUUAUGUUUAAGAAACGGAGGCAGAGAGCCAAGAAGUACACCUUAGUGAGCUUUGGGGUUGCAGCUGGGACAGGUACUGAGGAAGAGGAAGAUGGAGUUCCUCCCACCAGUGAGUCCGAGCUGGAUGAGGAGGCCUUCUCCGACGCCCGCAGCCUCACCAACCAGUCUGACUGGGACAGCCCCUAUCUGGACAUGGAGCUGGCCAGACCAGCCUCAGGUGCAGCAGACACCCCAGGCCUGGGGCUGGGAGGGACACUGAGUGAAACCUCUGGAAGAGGGGCCCAGCUCUUUGAACAGCAGCGCCAGCGAGCAGCCACCAGCACCCAGGAGCUGGCCAAGGAUGGCCCAGCAGCCAUGCUCAAUGGGCAGGACCUGCAGUCACCACCUUGGGCCCAGAGUGCCCUUCCUGAGACUUCUGUGCUCCCAGCCAGCCCACUGCCGCCCUCAGUAGCCAGUCCCAAACCCUUCCUCUCAGGCGGUGGAGUUCCAGCACCAGCUCCCAGCAUGUUUAACCGAUCAGCCAGGCCCUUCACCCCGGGUUUACAAGGGCAGCGGUCAAGUACUUCAUCAGUUAUUUUCCGGCCCCAGGCUCCUAAGAAGAUGAAUGAAAGUCAGGGAGGUGUCAGCCCUGCCCCACCGCCCUUCUUGUCCUCUUUGCAGGGGCCCAACGCUCCCCCCAGCUUCACUUCAGAGGCUCCCAGCCAGGUGCCAGGCUCAGGUCCUCCUAGCACCUCACGGUCCUCCGGCCCCGUGAUGGCCACUAGCUCCCUGUACAUCCCAGCUCCUAAUCGACCAGUUACACCUGGCGGGGUCCCAGAGCUCCCGUCACCCCCCAGCGCAGCUGCCAUGACCUCCACCGCUUCCAUUAUCCUAUCGGCGCCUCUGAGACCCGCUGUGCAACCAGAGGCGCCCGCCCCUGGCCCCGCGGCCCCGGAACCCCCCAGCGCUCGGGAGCAGCGCAUCUCCGUGCCUGCUGUCCGCACGGGGAUACUCCAAGAGGCCCGGCGCCGGGGGACCAGGAAGCAGAUGUUCAGGCAAGGAAACGAGGAGACGAAGAACUCGCCCAACCCUGAGCUCCUAUCUCUGGUGCAGAACCUGGAUGAAAAACCCCGGGCAGGCGGUGCUGAAUCUGGUCCGGAGGAGGAUGCGCUAAGUCUUGGGGCUGAAGCCUGCAAUUUCAUGCAGCCACCAGGGGGCAGGAGCUACAAGAUUCCGCCUCUUCUGACACCUAAAACCCCGCCUCCAGUGGCUCCGAAGACCCCACCCCCCGUGACACCCAAGACUCCACCCCCAGUAGCUCCUAAGCCCCAGUCUAGAGGGUUCUUUGAUGGGUUAGUGAAUGGGGGAGCCCCUUCGGAGACACCAAAGCUUCAGGGGCGGGGUGGGGAGCUGUUUGCCAAACGGCAGAGCCGAGCAGACAGAUAUGUAAUAGAAGCUACACCUGGCCCUGGCUUUGGCCCUAGUCUUCGACCCAGAAGCCCUUCCCCUACCCCAUCACUGCCACCAUCCUGGAAAUAUUCACCUAAUAUACGUGCCCCACCUCCUAUUGCUUACAAUCCACUGCUAUCACCCUUUUUUCCCCAAGCUGCCCGAACCCUCCCUAAUAAGGGCCAAUUCCAAGGGCCUCAGGCAACCCCCAAGCAGGGUAUCAAGGCUCUUGACUUCAUGAGACAUCAGCCCUACCAGCUUAAAACUGCUAUGUUCUGUUUUGAUGAGGUUCCUCCAACUCCUGGCCCCACUUUUUCAGGGACCCCUAAAACUGCCCGAGUCCAGGAAAUCCGCCGAUUUUCCACUCCAGCACCCCAGCCUACUGCAGAGCCCCUAGCCCCCACUGUGCUUGCUCCUCGAGCAGCCACUACACUGGAUGAGCCCAUAUGGAGGACAGAACUGGCCUCAACCCCUAUCCAGAGCCCAGCCCCGCCUCCUGAGUCUCCCAGGAGUCUUGGGGCCUCUCCUAGCUCCUGCGGUUUCCAGGUAGCCAGGCCCAGGUUUUCAGCCACCAGAACGGGAUUGCAGGCUCAUGUGUGGAGGCCUGGGACAGGUCAUCACUGAGCAGGUCACAGCUUCCUGGACCAAGGAGAGUUAGAACACCCAGUUCCUAAAGUUGCUUCUCCUACCCAUCCAUCUGCUCUCUCAGGCAUCUGGAGGCUAAAUUCACUCCUGCCUCAGAUGGUUUUGGAGUUACUGUCCCAUCCCCCAGCUGCCUUCCAACAUCCUUCCUGCUUUCCGUCUUCUAUCUCUGCUUUGGUAUUGGUGCUUCUCUUUGUCCCUCUAGGUCCUUGCCUAUAUCUCUGUCUUUAUCUUUAGGGCUCCCCUCCCACACGCCUUCACUGGUCUCUAUGUCUUCACAUUGGUGCUUUUUCUUUGUGGGCCUUAUUUCAACAUUCAAUAAGAAGCACAUGAAGUUACCACUGAGAUCUCAAGCAAGACCACCACUAGACAGGUAGCAAAGGACUGAAUUGGCCCCUGUUUGCAACUAAGUAACUCUCUACUCCUUACUCUUUUUUCCCAAGCUAGGUUAGCACACACCUAGGGGUAUGUGUGUGUGCAUGUGUGUGUAAGUAUAUGUGUAUGCACAGAUGUGCUUUUCUGCCUGAGGCAAGAGUAAGGGGAGGAGUCUAACAAAAAUACCCUAUCUGGAUCUUCCCUUGAACUGAUGAAGGGGGUGGAGGGUGGGUGAGAUAGAUAUUCCUGUACUGAUCGUCUAGUAGAGAGAAAGAUAUUUACAGAGCUGGCAGCAAGUGUCCUAAGAAACUGGUAGAGUAUGAGAAGACUUAAGGGUUCAGGGCAAUUUUAUGGAUUGAAUUAUACCAGCUAGACCUGGAACAGAACUAAGAAUUCUAUUCCUCAUGAUUUAAGAAAGUUAGCAACUUGAGAGGUCAUCCUAAGCAAGAAGCAUCCAGGAACUGAAUUUUUUCCCCCUGAGCAUGAAAAAAUCAUUGACUUUAUUGCCUCACAGCUUAAUACAAAGGAGGGAGAAAAGAGCUUUCCAUGGCGUGGAAAGUAAACCACGCAGAACUGAAAUGAAUGAGGCUGUUUCACAGAGAGGAGCAUGAUGAGGGAGAGGGCACUGUUGGCAGAUAUUAAAGGUGGGUAACAAGAAACCAACUAUGUGUAAGAGGAGAAUUGAGGGAAAAUAUGAGGGAGAACAGUCUAUUUGUUAGAGUGAAGGGGCAUGUUUGGGAAGGGACAUGAGCAAGUGGGCUGAGUGUUGAAAAAAACUAUCUGCUACCUCCUUUGAGUUUGUUCCUGUCUUCUGCGGCUUAUCAUCAUGACUACCUGGGAAAGCACUAGGAAAUUCUUACAGCCAAAAUCUUUUUUCAGUCCUGCCCUAUCCCUCAAACCUUAGCCCUUUUUCCUUUUCAGCUUCAGGUCUUGAUCUAUGAUCCAAAAAGGGUAUGGACUCCCCUCACAAUGUGACCACCAGUCACAUUUGCUGCUUGAACUAGAAACCAACUUUUUUUUUUUUUGGCAUAUUGGGUGUGUGUCACUUUGGUUUGUGCACAAGAAUAAACUAUUCCCUAUACCUUC